AUGUUUUUUAUUAGUUCAGAAAAAUUGUCAAGUUCAACGUGGAAAAGAUCGAAAUGUGGCAAUAAUAAUCAAGUGUGCAUCGACAAACCAACGAAAUGGCCGAUGAACGACGAGAGAAGCAAUUUUGAUUUUCACACUGAAACUGAAGCCGCGUUUAAUGAGCAGAUAAACGCCGAAUUGGACGCGUUUUAUUCCUAUCUAUCUAUGGCAGCAUAUUUUGGUCGCGUGGAUGUCGCUUUACCGGGUUGCGAAUUAUUCUUCAUGCAGAUGCAUCACGAGGAGCACGAGCAUGCCCUGAAAUUUGUAGAUUAUAUAAAGAUGCGUGGCGGAAAAGUGCAUUUGUGCGCCAUAUUCCCACCAAAUGAUCAAGAUUGGAAAUGUCCACUGCACGCGUUCAAAGCGGCAUUGCAGUUAGAAAUUACAGUCAGUAAAAAAUUGGUCGCGACAAACGCUGUAGCGGAGAAACAUGGUGAUUUAAAUGCGAGUGAUUUAAUCAUUACUGGUUUUAUGGAAAAUCAAAUGAAGAGUGUGAACGAAAUGGGAAGAUUAGUGACUGUGCUGUCUGGCAUCGGAGAUCAAGCAUUAGCGCGAUUCAUGUUCGACAAAAAUUUACUCGAGAGUUAUGUCCAGUCAAAUUACAAUGUUUUGAAUAGAAUUCAAUCUGAGCGGAGAAAACAGGACAAAUAGCUAUUGUACUUUCGUCC